CCUCAUCGAGCACGAUAGCCGAGGGGGGAUUGUUGUAGCGAACCCUGUAGGAGGGUUUGUGUACGGUGCGUGAGGUGGUGUGACGCCCUGCCUCGAUUUUCUGCCGUGGAAGGGACUUUUCGAUCACCGAGAAUCAGUAAACUGAAUUAACGAUGACCGAUCACGCUAUGAAUAAUAUAGAUCAAUAUGGGGAUGGUUACAUGGAACCCGAAGAAGAAUGGGAACGAGAGGGACUACUUGACCCAGCAUGGGAGAAACAGCAGAAGAAGACUUUCACGGCAUGGUGCAACUCACACCUCCGAAAGGCAGGCACAGCCAUCGAGAACAUAGAUGAAGACUUUCGUAAUGGACUCAAGCUGAUGCUGCUCCUUGAAGUCAUCUCUGGCGAGACAUUGCCCAAGCCAGAUCGUGGAAAGAUGCGAUUUCACAAGAUUGCCAACGUUAACAAGGCUCUUGACUUUAUUGCUAGCAAGGGUGUUAAACUGGUGUCCAUUGGUGCUGAAGAAAUUGUCGAUGGGAACCUGAAGAUGACUCUGGGUAUGAUUUGGACCAUCAUUUUGAGGUUUGCAAUUCAGGACAUCUCUGUUGAGGAAAUGACUGCAAAAGAGGGGCUGUUGCUAUGGUGCCAGCGCAAGACAGCACCGUACAAGAACGUCAAUGUGCAGAACUUCCAUCUCAGCUUCAAGGAUGGUCUGGCAUUCUGUGCUCUCAUCCACCGCCAUCGCCCAGACCUAAUAGACUAUAACAAGCUCAGCAAAGACAAUCCUCUGGAAAAUUUGAACACUGCAUUUGAUGUGGCUGAGAAGUACCUAGACAUCCCUCGAAUGUUGGAUCCUGAUGAUCUGAUCAACACGCCCAAGCCAGAUGAACGUGCCAUCAUGACCUAUGUGUCUUGCUACUAUCAUGCCUUCCAAGGUGCUCAGCAGGCAGAGACAGCUGCUAAUAGAAUCUGCAAGGUUUUGAAAGUCAACCAGGAGAAUGAGCGCCUUAUGGAGGAAUAUGAACGACUAGCUAGUGAUCUGUUGGAAUGGAUUCGACGCACAAUGCCAUGGCUCAGCAGUCGCCAGACAGACAACUCACUAGCUGGUGUGCAGAAGAAACUUGAGGAGUACCGUACUUACCGGCGCAAGCAUAAGCCUCCUCGUGUUGAACAAAAGGCAAAAUUGGAAACAAACUUCAACACCUUGCAGACAAAGCUGCGCCUGUCUAACCGACCUGCCUAUAUGCCCACUGAGGGCAAGAUGGUCUCGGACAUAGCCAAUGCUUGGAAAGGGCUUGAGCUGUCUGAGAAGUCAUUUGAAGAAUGGCUGCUGUCUGAGAUGAUGCGACUGGAGCGCCUGGAACAUCUGGCCCAGAAGUUCAAGCACAAGGCUGACAUCCAUGAGGACUGGACUCGAGGCAAAGAGGAGAUGUUGCAGAGCCAGGACUUCCGGCAGUGCAAGCUGAAUGAACUGAAAGCUCUAAAGAAGAAGCACGAGGCAUUUGAGUCUGACCUCGCUGCUCAUCAGGAUCGUGUGGAGCAGAUAGCAGCUAUUGCUCAGGAACUGAAUACUUUAGAGUACCAUGAUAGUGCAUCUGUGAAUGCACGGUGCCAGAGGAUUUGUGACCAGUGGGACAGGCUAGGAAACCUGACACAGCGCAGGCGUCAGGCUUUGGAUGAGGCUGAGAGAAUUCUUGAGAAAAUAGACAUCCUACAUUUGGAGUUUGCUAAACGUGCUGCACCUUUUAACAAUUGGCUGGAUGGUACGCGAGAGGACCUUGUGGACAUGUUCAUUGUCCACACCAUGGAGGAGAUACAGGGUCUGAUCGAUGCACAUAGCCAGUUUAAGGCAACUUUGGGGGAAGCAGAUAAGGAGUACAACUCCAUUGUUGGGUUGGUACGUGAGGUAGAGGCGACAGUGCAGAAGUACCAAGUGCCGGGUGGACUGGAGAACCCAUACACCACACUCACAGCAAAUGAUCUUACCAAGAAGUGGUCAGAUGUACGGCAACUCGUACCACAACGGGACCAAACCUUACAGGCAGAAUUGCGAAAGCAGCAGAAUAAUGAGAUGGUUCGUAGGCAGUUUGCUGAGAAGGCAAACCAAGUCGGACCAUGGAUUGAACGGCAGAUGGAUGCAGUCACUGCCAUUGGUAUGGGUCUUCAGGGUUCAUUGGAAGAUCAGCUUCAUAGACUGAAGGAAUAUGAGCAAGGAGUUUAUGCGUACAAACCACAUAUUGAAGAACUGGAAAAGAUACACCAGGCUGUACAGGAAGGCAUGAUUUUUGAGAACAGGUACACACAGUACACGAUGGAGACAUUGCGUGUUGGCUGGGAACAACUGCUGACGUCUAUCAAUCGCAAUAUCAAUGAGGUUGAGAACCAGAUAUUGACAAGAGACUCAAAGGGCAUCACACAGGAUCAACUGAAUGAGUUCCGCAGCAGCUUCAACCAUUUUGAUAAAAACCGCACAGGCCGUCUGGCACCUGAGGAGUUUAAGUCAUGUCUUGUGAGUUUGGGAUAUAGCAUUGGCAAGGAUCGCCAGGGUGAGAUCGACUUCCAGCGUAUCCUUGCUGUUGUGGAUCCUAAUUCAACAGGCUAUGUCCACUUUGACGCUUUCUUGGACUUCAUGACACGCGAGACUACUGAUACGGACACAGCAGAGCAGGUUAUUGAUUCGUUCCGCAUUCUCGCAGGAGAUAAGCCGUACAUCCUUCCUGAUGAGCUGCGGAGGGAGUUGCCACCCGACCAGGCAGAGUACUGUAUCCAACGCAUGCCACCAUACAAGGGACCGAAUGCUGUCCCUGGGGCCCUCGAUUACAUGUCCUUCUCCACAGCACUAUAUGGAGAAUCAGAUCUGUAAAUCAAACCUGACAACUCUCUGUAAUCCACACUACACUCAUUCACUCGUAUAUUCACUCACCCAACCAUUGAGUCAUUCAUUCAGUAAGUUGGUAUGUUAUUCUUGUUCAUGGAUUUCUUUUUUCAGUUUUGAACCAUCUUAACUGUGUGAAAAUCAUAGUUAGGACAAUAAUAUUGAGCUGUAACCUUGAAAUUGUUCAUUGUAUUUUCUUGAAACCAUGAGCCAGGGUAACUAAUUGACAUUAUGAUUACAUUAAAAGGACUCGGACUGGAAUCAAUAACUGUGGCUCAACAUGGUCACUGUAAACCACCUGUUGCCAUAUAGACUGGGGAAUGAAUUGAAUAUCAAUGGUCAUACACAUACAUACGUGAAAUUGUCCACAGAACACUUGUAGAAAUAAUUUACUCUAUUUUUAUUUUAACUUAAUCUACUUUUGCUGUGUAAUAAAAUAUUCACUCAAAUGCCUUGUCCAAUGAAAAGCCACUGACUAGGCAUUAAAAAAAAGGAAGAGAAAGAAAAAGUGUGCAGUUUUAUUGUAAAGUUCCUUUAAUUUAUUUUAAAAAUGGCAACAAUAAGCUUUCACUAUUAAAUAAUGUUUGCUUCAUAUUUCCAUUCAUUUGCAUAACUCCUUUAUAGCAAAAAUGUUACAUGCAGCAAUCUUGCCAAUCCAGUCUGAUUACAAGUAUUUUUAAUUUUAAAUAAUGUAGAUUUGACAGUUUUUGGUUGAAAACACUAUAGCAUGUAACAUCAAGGUUGCCAGUUGAUGGAUUCAAACUGGUCUGUGUCCCUUCCACGGUUAUAUAUAUAUAUAUUUUUUUUAUUCUUGCUUUUACAACGAACAGCAUAUGCUACCAGGUAUCAGAAAGAACACUGGUAACUCUGGUAGUUGCAACGAAUCGAAUGAAGCUAAGGCUUGAUUAAGUGUAGAUUAAUUUUUCAUUUGAGUAUAUUUAUGUACAGUAAGUAAUAUAUUAGUUUGAAUAAAUAUAUGAAUUCAUAUAUUCCAGUCAUAAAAUGCAUAGUCUAACAUAUUUAUCAUAUUUUCCUUUCAUACUAACCCCAAGAUAAUAUUUCUGCACAGUCAGCCUCAUAUCUUAGAACAGAAAAGAGAAAGCCCAUUCACUGCCAGCAAAUUAACCGUUGUAACACUGUAUGCUACUAUUUUACAAUGGCGUUCAUUGAUUUAAAUGAAAUUUGUAGCCAUUUUGUUGCUGCUGUAGGGCAGUGGCUUAGCUUUGUGUGGAUAAUGGAAGAAAUACUUGUAAUCGGACAGUGCUUGUCCUGUCCAAGUGAAUAAAUACGCCACUUGUGGAGUGAUUAACCUUUAUCGUAUGGGAGUCGGGACUUAGGUGUUACAGGGUUUCUGGCCAGACUUUACCUUUGUGGUAUAUAACUUUGUGGUUCACCAGUGCAAUGCAGAAAUUGUAUGAAUAUGCAUAAGUUGUCAUAUGGACGAUAAAGGUUAAUAUGCCAAGAAUAUUUUUCUGGUGGACAGCAAGAAGGGAGAACAACAAACCGGAUCUUCCAGGGGUACAUGUCAUUUGUUAACAUUGUAAAUGAAAUUGUGUUCAGAUAAUGGGCAUUGGCAUACUUCAUUUAUCAUGUUAUUUUGGAAAUCUAAACUAUUAUAAAUCUAAAAAACAGUCAGUACAAAAUUAUUUAAAGUGUGUGGGUUUUGUGACUAUCAUGUGGUCACAGUCUGUCUAGUCAUUGUAUAAUUCAUAUGUAAAAGAUAUCCAAAAUGGGAAGGAAAAUUAAACUGUUUUCUGGAAUUUAUAUUUUUCUCAUUCAAAGUUGAAUAAAGAUCAAAAUUUUUAAACAUGAAUUUUCUUAUGUUCUGCAAGUUAUAUUUUCAUUAAUUGUGUUGUCACUUUGCAGGAAAUGCUACAGACUACCACUCUUCAUUAGUGAUGGGUAAACCAGAUCAAUAAAAACUGUAUACAUGUCCA